AUGCAAGGACCGUCGUUGGCGAAGAAGGACACUAUUCUCAAGACUCGUGAAAACAAGAUCUGCUUUAAACUGCCCUCAGUCUUUCCGAAGAGUGCACAAGCACACCUGCGCAGUUUUCACAUCAUGAGACCGUCAUCUUUGGUAAACCGGGUCUGGAGAACACUCGACACAAGUGACCUGCAUCAAAAGUUUAACGGUCUCAGACUACCUGCUAGCCUCCGACUCACUCUUAUGAACUUGGUUACGAAGGCUAGCCGGGACAGUCGUAUCCACUUCGACACUGCUGAGCUGAGCAUUCUCUUCCAUAUAUUUUUUGUACUUGUCAAGUUGCAGGACCGUGAAAUGCGGAUAAGUGAGUUGGACGACUUCCUUUGGACCCAAAUUGGCAUAACUCACAUGUCCACCCGACAGAACCUCGCCAGGGCUGCUCCGAUGCUUCGCCUUGGAUACGCGGUUCAAAGAAGCAAGGGUGUGACCGCCCUCCAGUUUGUUCACUUUCUCUCAACCCUUCUCCGUGGUACUAUCCUGGAGCGUGCUAGGUUGGCCUUCUAUGCGAUGGACGUCGAUGGUGACGGAAUAUUGCGCCAGAUGGUUGAAUUCACCAGCCUCCUCAGCGGGAGUUUCGAUGUCCACAUCGCCGCCGUCAACCCCGAGCUUGAUCCACAGGAACCGGUACGUGAUACCGUGCAGUUUCUGGUCAGGACGGCGCAAAUCAAUCGGGAGGGCGGACUAGACAUGGAUGACUUUUUGGCAGUGGCGAUCCGGGAGCCCUGGGUGAUAAGCUCCCUCUUCCAGUGUGUUCCUGAGGAACACGCGAAUGUUGCUUUCCAAAGUCUCUUCACCACUGCCGUUGAAGUGCCCGUGAUGGAGAUCCAACGUAAUACCAUACGCCGAAGUCGAUCUGCCUCUGUCUGGGGCGCUACAAGAAAGUACCUACAGUAA